UAGAAGGCGGGAGAGAAACCAAGAUGGCGCGUCUGAAGUUUCCUGGGGUCGGUGACAAUAAUUUGUCAUCUCAAAGCCCCAAGAAAAGAUUAGUUCUUAAAAUUAAGAAAAAAAAUGGGGGUAAUUCCGAGUCUUUCCAUGUGGAUACAAAGCAAGAAAUAUCUCGUGAGGAAUUCAACAAAAUAUUUGGAGAUUCUGAUGAAGAGGAUAAUAAGCCAUUUCUUGGAUUUUCAUCAGAGGAGCUAGGAUUUAAAGCAUAUACACUUGUGUUACCACAAAAUAAUGGACGAAAUGAUGCAAACAAAUCUGGAAAUUCUUGUUCUUCGUCAACAUCAACACGACCGGUAUCAUUUAAAUGGUUUAGCCCGCCGACAUCUGAUGAAUCCUCAGAUGAGGCUACUGAAAGUUCUAUUUCUAAAAAAGCCCAAACUUUUUCAAAGACUAAACCUGGCCGUAAAAAAACACAGAUAUAUGACAAUAUUUAUUCCAAAACAUACAAGAAACGCCAGUCCUAUGAAAGAAAACAUGAUCAAAUUGGGGCUACUGAUAUUUCAACUUCCAAGGUUAAACCCAUGCAUUCAGUUCCAAAACAUAUAAUUGGUCAUUCUGCUGUAAACGCAAAAAGUGGGAGACCAAGAAAACCAUUCAAGCCUUUAGCUAUUGCCAAACAGCUCCUGGAAAAGGCCAGGGAUGAAAAGAGACAUCAAUUGCAGAAAAAAGAGAUUAAGGAACAUACCAGUAGUCCUGUAUCAAGGUUUGGUCGUACUGUCAAGAAGAAAGUGCUUGAUUAUGAUGAUUUUACUGGUGGUCAUGGAAAAAGAAAAUUGGAAAAUGCCAAAAUGCCACCAUUGAAAGCAUUCAAGGGGGAUGAGGGUGAAAGGCAAUUAAUAGGACCAGUGAUCAGUGACAGGUCAAUAGAGAAGUCUAAAGUGAGAUUGAAAUUGCCCACACAAGGCCAAGGGGAAGAACCUUUUCAUAAAGCAAGAUUUCCAAAGAAUCUUGACUCAAAGAGUGACAAUACCGAAAUCUCUCAAUUGGCAGUUAAAGCAACUCUUUUUGAUGAAGGAUCCUUGAAAUCCUUGUUGAAGGAAAAAUCCAGCCUCUCUCAGCUUGAACAAAGCUUUGGGAUGAAUGACGAUGAUGAUGAUUUUAUUGUUCCAAAAAAACCUGCCAUUUUUAAAUCUAAGAGACUUCAAAGUAAGCGGCAAAGGAAAGUUCCACAGAAGGAGAUUACACAAACAAAAAAAGUGUUGCAGAGAAAUAAAAAAGAGGAGUUUUCAGAGCAUAGUGAGAAAAAAGAUGAUAUAGGAGAGAAUAAAAGUGCAAUAGAAGACUGUGAAAGAAUCAGUGAAAAAGCAGUUACUAAAGUAAUCAAACAAAUCACAAGAAAAAAAUUGAAAAGUGGCAAAAUAAAGAAGAUAAUCAAGGUUAUUAAAGUGAAACCAAGACGGGAUGGUAAACAUCGGAAUAGAAGACGAGUACGCUGUGGAAAUUGUGAAGGAUGUUCAGUUGAGAAUGAUUGCGGAAAAUGCAUCUAUUGCAGAGACAAACCAAAGUUUGGUGGAACAUAUCUAUUAAAGCAGUGUUGUGUAGAAAGGAAGUGCCAAAGUUUUGUACUUCCAAGUGCCAAACCCAAGAAAGUGUUCAACCGAGCAUCAGUAACAUUUAAAAAACCAAGUGGGAAUGUGAAUCGUGAUGGGAAAACUGUAAACCGUGAAACAAAGCAAACAAGAAGUACGAGAAAAGAUGUUGCAAUCCGUCAACCAAAACCUUUACCAGGUCCACUAAUCCAUUAUGGCAAGAAGAGCAAAGAAAUAAAGAAUGAAAUAAAACUUUCUUGGACUGAUUCAUACACAGAGGAUGAUUGCUGGGAAACAGGAUUUCAUAUUUGUGUUUCAAGUGAAAUUGCCCUACCUCGUGAAGAGUUAUGUUUUUUAUGUGGCAGUGCUGGGAAAACAAAGAUGUUGUACUGUCGAGUUUGUGCUGAGCCUUUUCAUUUGUUCUGUUUGGACGAAGAUCCUGUGGAUACAGAGUGGUGGACUUGUAAUCGUUGUCGAACUUGUUGUGUUUGUGGGCAUCAAAACAAGCUUUUGAUGUGUGAUAAAUGUCAGAAAUGUUAUCAUGCUGAGUGUCUAGGGCAGAAUUAUCCAACACAACCACAAGGCGACGACGAAGAGGUUUGGUUUUGCGCUCGUUGUGUUAAGUGCACAAAAUGUGGCCGUAAUACCGCUGGCGAUGCCUCUGAUGCACAGUGGACGCACGCGUUUACGAUGUGCGCAACCUGUGGGGAAAACUGGGAUCAAGGCAAUUACUGUCCUUUAUGCGAGAAAUGUUAUUCUGAUGAGGAUUUUGAAUCUAAAAUGAUGCAAUGUUUAAAAUGCGAGCAUUGGGUUCACUCUGCGUGUCAGAAAAUAACAGAGGACGAGUACCAGUGUUUAGCUGUGAUGCCAGAUGACGUGCAAUAUAUUUGUAAGUCGUGUCACGAUGAAGAAAAUCCCGAGUGGUUAGAUUCUGUACGACAGGAAAUUCAAGCUGGAUAUGUUUACAUUGUGGAUACAUUGAUUACUUCAACUCAUUAUAAAGUACUUCAGAAUUACUUUGAACAGGCUAUUCCAGAAAAUGGUCAUCCCAAAAAUUUUGCAGCCGUCCAGGAUAAAGUGAAUAAAAACAAAUACAACAACCUUAAUGAUUACGCUAAAGACCUGAUGGUUAUACUAUACAAAGCUAAAGCUGUUCUCCCUGAAGACGGAGCUGCUGGUGGUAGCAUGUCCAGUUUGUUAAAUUUGUUUCAAAAGGAAAUGAAAUCUAUUUUCCCAUGGCAAGAUCUUACCUGGCCGCCGGUAAAAGAAAAUAAAAAGGAAAUUGCUAUAGAGCCAAUGGAAAUUUCAAUAACAUGUGAAAAGAAAUUAGGGGAACUUACUCAGGUUAUGGAAGAUCAUUGUUAUUCAAAGAACAAUCGUGGACCAACAGAAAAACAGGUUACAGUCGAUGUCUGUGUGGAAAAUAAUACGGAAAAAAGUGAAAAAUCAUUGAAUCCCAGUGAAUCGUGUGAAGAUAUAAACAAGACCAUUAUCGUGAAACCGGAAGAUAAACGAAAGUGCGUGUUCUGCGCUGACGUUGGAGAUCAGUGUGCUCAAGAGGCAGGCAGACUUAUUUACUUCAAUGUUGAUGAGUGGGCUCAUGUAAAUUGUGUAUUGUGGUCAGCGGAAGUAUAUGAGGAUGACGAAGGCAGGUUACAGAAUGCUCAUGUUGCAUUAACAAGAGGCCGUCAGUUGCGUUGUGAAUUUUGUGCAGAAGUGGGUGCGACUGUUGGCUGUUGUGAGCCUUAUUGCAGAGGAAACUAUCAUUUUAUGUGUGGGAGAAAAGCAAAAGCAGCCUUUCUACCAGAUAAGAGAGUAUUCUGUAAUGCUCAUGCCUUUAGAGCGAAGGACGAGAUUACUGUGGGUGAAGGAGAAUUUGCAGUUGAACGGCGUGUUUGUGUUGAUAUGGGCAAAAUCAAAGUUUCAAAGAAAGGAUCGAAAGGCGUUUCUCAGGAAACUUUGACCGUCUUAUCAGGUUGUAUGGUGGUGAAAGAGUUGGGAAGAGUGACAAAGGCUUCGGAUACUUCAACUAUUCUUUUCCCAGUUCAAUACAGAUUAACUCGGUUAUAUUGGAGUACUGUUGAUCCCAACAAACGAUGCAUGUAUACAUGCCACAUUGAAGAGAUUGAUCGACAGGAAGUAAAGCACAAACCGGUAACACAGAACGAGAGAGAUGUUGAAAAUCACACAGUCACUUGUCAUGAAAAUGACAUCAAUAUUUUGAAAUCAGAUGUAUCGAAACAACCAACCCAAGCGGUAGGGCUCCCUGGUAAUGGAAGUGCUCGGGAGGUUGAAAAUUUGAUUGAUUUGAAAAGGAGGACUUCAAGUGUUUUAUGUCCUCGUGUUGGCAACCUCAGUUCAGAGAAACAUGUCCAAAGAACAGUUAUUCCAUCCCCUACGAGGACUCCGAGUUCAUCGCAUGUUAAUGUGUCAAGUAAUGCACGUGUUGAGACGUCUGUGGGAGUGUCAGAUUGUAAUGUUUCAAAACCUGUUCCUGCCCACACCUCAAGUCCAAGGAACGUUAAUCUGUCUAGUAACACGCUGACUGUUGUGAAAAUUCCAACUUCGAUAGUUACAAACACUGCAGUUCCUCGAGCUAGUAUUCCACGUCCCUAUUUUGGUGUGCAUACAACAACUCCAAACCUGCCAAGUACGAAAAAGACUAACACGUCUGGUGUUGAAGCUGCUGGAAGUUCAUCCACACCACAUGUUAACGUAUUGAGCGGUUCAUUUCCUCGAUCGUCUAAUGUACGUAAUAUAUCCCCUAUGGAUUUAUUGAUUGACCUGUCAAAACCAAACCUCAAUUCAGGUAAAACUAGCCUUAGCAAUCAGACUCAAAGCGUUAAAUUUGCGUUCCCUCCGAAUCAGUCUCCGAUCAGCUCAAGUCUGGCUAAAGUGAGGUCUGGUAGUACUCCAAGGACAUCUCAUCCUCAGUCUACAAACCAACUUCGUGUGCACGCAGUGAAGACAAUGCGUACUACUCCUGUCCCACUCGCGCCAAAAACCUCUCAGUAUACUCCGAUUACUUUUAUAGAACAGUCUCCCAAAUCUGUUUCAAAUUAUAAGCGGCUGGCUCCAAAACCAAUAACCGGUUUAGAACUGCCUAAGACUACUUAUGCACCUCGGCAAACGACAAUGAAGCUGCCCAAGACUAUUUAUCCACUGCAGCACAGGACAAUAAAACCACUUAAGACUGCUUGUCCACCUCAGCAAACGACAAUGGAACCUCCUGCUACUCGUGCACCUCAGCAAACGACAGUGAAACCUCCUGCUACUCGUGCACCUCCGCAAACGACAAUGAAACCGACAACAAGUUCUCCUCUUGUUUUUCAUUCAACUGAAUUUGUUUCUCAAGGAGCUUCAAAAGAUGUUCAAAUGAAAACAAGGACUAUCAUUUCACCUCCUUGUCCCACUCAAGCAACAAGUAAAGCAAUACAUGUUUCUCAACAGCCUUUACAAGAAACCCCUUCCACUUCAACACCUGCUUUGGCAGUUACAACCACAAAAGUAGUUAAAUUAAACAGCAAUACUAGCCAGACGACCUCAAAACCGAGGAUGAUAAAACUGAACACAGACCCGGCUCAGCUUGCUGCAAAUUUUCUUCGCUUACGUGCGAAAACAACACAAGGAGGCUUAAAAACGGUUUCUACACAGAAUAACUCGUUACUCUAUAAAACAUCUAGUCUUGUUUCAUCGGUAUGCAUGUCUGUACCAACAACUACGCAAGUCCUUUCACAACACACAUCGAAAUCCGUUAGUCCAUUCACACCCGUCUCCUUAAAUACUACGGUAUCAAGUAUGCAAAAUAUUACUCCAACGAAAGCCUCAUCUCAACCUCUAAGUUCAGUUGCAACUGUAAAGGGAUCUAAUGACUCUGAUGGUAUGGCAGUUGUAGUCGGUUCACCAGAGCAAAUUACUAAACUUCUUUCAGAGAAUCCGAAUAUGAUUCAACUUCUUGGUAGUAAAUCGACUGAUUAUCUUGGUAAACUUUUAACUUCGCACUCGAAAACGGAAUCGUGUGUUAGACAACUUUGUGAAACAAGAUCAAGUAGUGUACAGCAAAAUAAGUAUGAAAGCAUAAAAGCUUUAAAGCGACCCGCUCCUCAUGUAAUUGACUUGACCAAAGCGGAAAGCAAGCAUAACGUUAUUGAUCUCACAAAGAAUGAAAAUAGAUGUCAAGAAUCACCUGGAGCGAGGAACCAGCAGCCACCUUUAACAAGAACCCUGCCAUCGACUGGAGCUGGAACAAGCCUGCCGGUAAAUUCAAGCAGCCUACCAAGAACGUCAACUUCUGUUACAACGAACAAAAUAGAUCUCACGAAAUGCAGAAAUGCAGUUAGAAAGCUUGACAGAAGUUGCUUAAACAAUACAAUCGGUGGGAAAGGACAAUCACAAGGCGCACAGGCAGUUAGUUUGGGUAAACCUACAAAUUUCGGUAGAAUAUCAACACCAAAUGUUGACCCUACAACACUCAAUCCAACAAACGUUACAUCAAAUCAACAAUAUAAAUUCCACAAUAAGCAGUUUUCACAAGCCAGUUUGGACACCGCUAGUUUAGAGAAGGAGGCUAAUCGCGUGUCACCAUUGUCCUCACCAGCUAAAAUCAUGGCACAUCUUGAGAAUCAGUCUAAGAUUCUGAAACCAGUUGUGUCCGAAUCUCGACAAGGAGUGGAAUAUAAUCAGAAAUUGCAGGCUGAAAAAGAUGAAGGAAAGAAUGCAUUAAAUAACAAAGAAACUGGUUCGAUAAAUAAGGAAGACAUUGUUAAAAAUUGUGGAAAACGAGCUUACACCAAGAGAAAAUAUACUAAAAGGAAAAGUGUAGAUAAGAAUACUGAUUGCAAAACGAAAAAAGAUGAUGUGCAGGUGUCCGGCAAGCGAAAGAACGAUGGAAGUUGUUUAAAGCCUUUAAAGAAAACUAAAAUAGAUGAAGAUGAUAUUUUACUACCCGAUUUUGCUCGUGUCAAACAAUCUGAUUUUCGGAGUAAACGUCUAGAGAAGGUUAAUCAAGAAUUAAAUGUUAUGUUUAUUAUCAAAAGCGAGGAAGGUCUGGAAGUCAAAGCAAGAACUUGUGAAGAAGCAUGGCGGCUGGUGUUUGAGAAAGUACAGAGUGUGCGUAUGGAUCAUUCGAAGAAUUACACAUCUUUUGUGGGUGCUGACGGAAUGGAUAUGCUGGGAUUGACUAGGGAACCACUUAUUUACCUGAUUGAACAACUACCAGGCAAAAAAUAUUGUGAAAAAUAUUCAUUUCAAUAUCAGGAGACUCAAAAUAAGAAAGAAUCCGAUGAUGAAGACACUGAGCUAAAAGAAAACGAACAUGGAUGUGCGCGUGCAGAAGAGUUUAAGGGUCGCAAGAAAGGUAUUGACAUGUUUAGCUUUUUGGCGUCGAAUCAUCGCACCAUAUCACAAGUUCCUCUUGAUAACUUGAAUGACCUUGAUGUCGCCCAAGAAAUUGCUGCAAGACGAGCCACAGCGAAUGAUCUUCCAAUGGCGAUGCGAUAUCGUUGUUUAAAACAAUCAAAUACCAAACGAACAGUUGGGGUUUUUAAGUCGUCAAUCCAUCGACGAGGCUUGUUCUGUUUACGAGAUAUUGACGCCGGUGAAAUGGUGAUUGAGUACACAGGAAAUGUUAUUAGAUCUGUGCUCACAGAUAAGAGAGAAAAAUACUAUGAAAGUAGGGGGAUUGGAUGCUAUAUGUUUCGCGUUGAUAGUUUUGAUGUUAUUGAUGCCACCGAAUGCGGAGAUGCAGCACGUUUUAUCAAUCAUUCCUGUGAGCCAAACUGUUUCUCGCGUGUCAUAACUGUAGAAGGACAGAAGAAAAUUAUAAUAUUUGCUGCGAAACAUUUAAAACGAGGGGAGGAGCUUACAUACGACUACAAAUUUCCGCUGGAGGAUGAAAAAAUUCCGUGUUCCUGCGGUUCAAAGAAAUGUCGAAAAUACAUGAAUUAAGUGGUUGGCAGUAAGUUCUAGAAACACAAAAUGAAUUAGGUAGUGUGUAUAUAUCACUCUGUGUUUUAUUGCAUCGCAUCUAUACAUAUAAGUUUGAAGAAAAUGUAAUAUAAAUUGUAAAGAAAUGGAUACAUGAAUGACACUGUUUCAAAUUUUAAGGUGGACUAUAGCUACGUAUAUCUAUAUUCGUAAUCUCUUGUAUAGUAUUUAAUGUGGCAUGGGGAGAGCCUGCAUGCCUUCAUGCAGCGGUAGUGCAAACGUUUUUAAGAUUAAAACACUUUAAAACACGAAUAAUACGUUGUAAAAUUGACAAUGGGUUUCAAGUAAUCGAUGAUGCAUGUUGAAUCCGUUCACAAACGUUUUGUUGUUAGUGAAUAUUGCUCUGGGGCCAUAUUUUUAGACCAGGCGCGUCUUGACUGUUCUUAAUAGGAACGAUGUAAUUGUAAAUAUAUUUUACUUUAAUAUAAGAUUCAGAUUUGAAAUAUGUGUAAAUACAAAUGCGUAUUUAUAUAUGACCACGGGUUACAUAAAAUAAGAACGAUAUUUAUUGUAUUGUUUGUUUACGUUUGCUUUUAGGAAUAUAAUCUAGCGAAUAAUU